AUGGGCCCGAGACGGCAACCUAGGAACCCAGGAAGUCAGACAAGACGAAAGCAAUUGUUGAACCGCCAGCGCACUGAGAACAUCGAUCAUCGAUUCCCAUCGACAUCACCGCUUUGGACGACGGAUUCGAACGCCCCGCUUGCUGUGCCUUUUCCCGGUCGACCUCGUCUUCACCGCCUAGGUUCUCUCCUAGUGUAGGAAGCCCCCCUUGUCCUCCCGACCGCAAGGAGGCUGGUCUCGCCAUGAACCCAUCCGACCGGCUGUCACCACUUCGCCCACCGGCCUGAAAAAAAAAAUCCAUUAUCCCGACCGUUUAGUUUCGGGGCAUUGCGAAAGAGAGGCACUGUCAGAUCACGAACUUUCAAGGUCUCGCUACUGCUCGCCUCAAUCCCGUUGGGCCGAGGACCAAAAGGACAUUGCUUUGGGGGGGACCAUUCCGCCCGGACUCGAUGGACUUCCCCCGGGGACUGCCCGACAAUCCGGCACAGGCCCGUCGGGCUCGUGCGGCCGCAGAGCUUGCGAAUCCAACACCCCCCCCUCCGGUUCCCAGUCUUCGAGAUGUGCCCUCAUCCUCAAAUCUUUCGGCAGGGCAGCCCAUCUCUCCCAGCCAGGUGCUUGCGCUGGCCCGGGAGGCGAUGCGGGCUGCCCAUGAGAACGAGGCCAAGGCGGCCGAGGCUAGCGGGGUCAGCAACACUCUGAAGCCCGGCCUUACCAUCGACCUGAGCAGGAAAAAGAUACAAACGUUGCCGGAGGAGAUUGUCGAUGUGAUCAAGGAUGAAUUGGAACGGCUCGCGCUGUCGCACAACUACCUCCAGACCCUUCCUGCGAGAUUCUCCGAGUGUACCUCGUUGCGUUACCUCAACGUCAGGCAGAACAGGAUAAAAGAAUUUCCCCUGGCACUCUGCGAUCUCAAAUCGCUCGAGAUCCUGGAUCUCGGCCGAAACCUGUUGCAAGUUCUGCCGCCCGAAAUCGUCAAGCUGUCGUCCCUCAAGGUACUCUCGAUACCGAAAAACAAAAUUACGCAUCUCCCACAUUGCAUGGCCGACAUGCCGUCGCUCUCGGUGGUUAAGUUGGAAGGAAACCCGCUGCAAUAUCCGCCGCCCGAAGUCCUACAGGUGCAAGGGGGAGGUGGCCAGGGCGAGGGCUCCGGAAAAGAGGGCGAGCUGACAGAGGUCGCUGCGGUCAUCAAGAAGUUUCUCAAGCAGGAAGCGAGUGGGCGGGCAGAGUCACCAGGCGACGGUGCGUCCGAAGGCGCCGAAACACCACGACCAACGAUCAAGAGGGUGUUUAGCGGCAGGUUCCCGAUCAAGGUCAACGGCAGCGAUGUCCCCGACCUCCGGUCGCCGGCGCUCCCGCGGCCGCCGCCAAUCCCGACUCGCUCUCAUUACCGUGGGCUUUCGCAGCACAACACGGCACAUCGCAGGCCCGGAGUCAUGCCGUUGAUAAUCGGCAACCCGAACGAGCGGCUGCGCAGCAACUCGGAAACCAUCAUACAGACAUCGAGCCGAGAGCGGUCUGAGAGCAGGUCACGGCGCAUGGGCAUGGUGACCAAGAGGUCGGAGCUUAGCACGCUGGAGGAGACCGAGGUCAACAACCGGUUCAGCCAUUACCGCGGGCUCAGUCACGGCUCGGCAAUGCAGGGCAACGGCACGUCCACGCAAGUCAGCAGCCCGAACAUGGGCAGCCCGGCCGAGCCGGCGUUGCAGCGGCCCGUCUACAUCCGAAGGCUGUCGGUUCUGCCCGAGAGGCGGCGCGAGUCUAAGGUGUUCGACCCGGUCUUGGAAGCUGCCAAGGGCAUUCUCUACUCGAUAUUUCAGAUUCAUCCCAUGAUCCAGACACUGGUCGGCCUGACCAACGACGACGCUUCUCGCAGGUCGAAUCUCGAGAUUGUGGUGUACAACACGGCGGCCCAUGUCGAGCAGCUGGAGUACGAGAUCCAACGGCACGACCAGGCAGACGAAGGACUUGGCCAGAAGGAAAACGAAAACGUCCAGCGAGCCUGCCUCACGCUCAUCAACGCCUAUACGCACGUCUGUUCGUUGCUGAUGAGCAACGUCGACCUGUUUCUGGACAACGGUGACCCACGAUACAUCCGGACCCUGUUGACGCAGCUCUACAAUAGCAUUAUGGAGCUGCGGGUGACGUGUACGCGAGCUGCCCCGGAAGGGAACCAUCGGCCCACUCCUUCGUUCAGUCGGCUGGAUCCCGGAGAGACGAUCAAGCCUCAUUCUCGCGAGCCCUCGGUCACGCCUACUGCCGACCGAAUGCUGAAUCGGUCUCGGAAUGGCGCCUUUGUUUACAACCCGAGUAACCUACGUGUUGCUACAGACGUCUCGAUGCCCUACGUCAACGGCUCUGGCAGGUCGGCGAUGGCGGGCGCUGCCACGCCGAGAUCGGGUGAGUCCUUUGCGUCCACGAGCACGACUGGCAUCCGAAAUUUGUCGGCAGACUUCACCGAGGAGGACCGCAUGUUUGAGAGGAUAUUCCUCUCCCUCCAGAAGACGACGGAUCUGGUCAUGCAGGUCCUGCCCACAUUGAACACUCAGUUCGCGUCCUCGAUGCGGAGCUGCGCCGCGCAGCGCGCCCCGGACCACCGGAUCCAGUCUUGGAAGAAGGUGAUCUCCAAGUGCAGCACGUCGAUCCAGCAAACCGAGGUCCUCAAGGCCCGGCUGUCCUCGAUCAAGCUCAAAGAACCGGGAAUCCGGACGCAGCCGUCUUUCUGGCGCCUCUGCAACAGCUUCAUCGACUCGUGGUACGUGCUGAUCAAGAACAUCAAGCAGCUGCAGAACGACGUCCAGCUGCCCGUCGACACCAAGGCCCGCCUGCGGCCCAUCCAGACGAGCAUGAAGGACACGUGCGACCUGAUGAUGUCCUCCCCCUGGGCCUACCUCCUGCGCCAGCCGGGGCCAGAGCCCAUACUGUCCCCAUAUGGCGGCCAGAUCACCACCACCCCGGUGCAAAUGCAUAUGCCCAUGACGCCGCAGAGCGCGGCCCUGGGCCCCGCCGUGCAGGCCACCGUGCCCUCCACGCCGCAGAGCGCCUCCUUCACGAUGGCGUUCUCGGGGGUGUUUGACCGCGGCCGCUCCGAUACGCUGCUCUCGUCCACGGGUGGCGAGGGCCGCGGCGGCUUCGGCGGCGGCUUCGGCGGCGGCUUCGGCGGCGGCGGUGGUGGCAGCGGGUUUGGGAGCGCCCUGCCGUCGCGGAGCGGGACCAUGAACUCGAGCUCGACGGCCAGCCUGACCGCGUCGAGCGUGAACUCGAUGAGCAGCGUCGGGUCGUCGCACGACGGCGUCGUCACGCCGAGCUCGGCGCUGAGUCCGGGAGGCGGACCCCUGGGGCCGCUACCAUUUCGGUUGAACGGGGGCGGGAAUAUGAAGGUCGGAGGGUUCUAAGGAAGGGAGGCAACUCUUUCCUCCCCCACCCCCCCUUUUUUUUUCCCUUUCUCCAGCCGCCUUCCCAAUGGGUGGAAUGGCUUGUGAGAUGUGAUGAUACCGGUGGAUGGGAUGGGGAUGGGUUGGACUGGGAAGUGAUUUUCAUUUUUUGGAAUAUGUUGGCUGAAAUACUCCUGCGCGAGGGGUUUUCGUACCAGCGCUUUCUCUCUCAAAAGUGGUGCAUGGCGUCGGGGCAUAUGGCGUCGGGGCAUGGGGGGUUUUGGCUGCAUGGGAUGGAUAUCCGUAAUGUCUUUGCUAGGUUGGAUGCAUAGUUGGCUGGGCUGGGCUGCAAUGGGAAGCAUAUUAGUGAUUUUGUGUGUU